ACUCUUGUACUAACUGGACAGUCUGUUACACCUGUUAAUGUUUUUAUGCUACUGUCUUUCAACAAUGCUCUCCAACUCUGCAUUUGUUACUUCGUAUCUGGUGGAUUGUUGCAAAUAGCCGAAGCUUAUACUUCGCUCAACCGGAUAGAGAAUUUCCUUCUCUUGGACGAUCUGACUUUAGAUUUAGGUGAACUUAGUACAAAGGGUGUUGGUGAGAAGGUGGCAGAAUCACGAGGAGAGGUCAGUGAAGAUGUAAAUACGCAAGGAGAAGAAUGGAAAGAUUCUAACGAGGACGCUUUUGAAAAGGAUUCUAUUUUCACGACACCAACGCCGAUUCUAAAAGUGGCAAAUCUUUCAUGCAAACAGAUUAACAGAGAUGAUUACAUUCUGCAAGACAUAGAACUGUUUGCAAGACCAAGAAGUUUGGCAAUUAUUACUGGACCAGUGGGCAGUGGAAAAUCGACUCUACUCUCCGCGAUCGCUGGUGAGGUCUUAGACAUCAGUGGAACAGUCACCUACCAAGGGACUCUUGUCUAUGUACCUCAGAUAGCCUGGGUGUUCUCUGGAACAAUAAGAGAAAACAUUUUGUUUGGUCAACCAUAUGAUAAAGACUGGUAUAAUCGAAUCCUCGAAGCCUGCUCUCUCGUGGAAGACAUCCAACAAUUCCCUGAGUAUGACCAGACGGUUGUUGGUGAAUGCGGUGCAGUUCUAAGUGGAGGCCAGCGGGCAAGAGUAAGUUUAGCACGCGCAGUGUACGCCGAUGCAGAUGUUUACUUGUUGGACGACCCUCUGAGUGCUGUGGACUUCAAAGUUGGCCGACAAAUUUUUGAGAGUUGCAUCAAUGGUGUAUUAAGUGAUAAAACCCGAGUGUUAACUUCACACCAAGAGGAACACAUGAGAAAAGCUGAUGAAGUGAUCGUGUUAUACAAAGGCCGUGUCCUUGAAAAGGGAAUUUUUACCGACCUACAACAGAAAGGUAUUUUAAACGAAACUAUUGACCCCCUUCUGAAGAAAAUUCCAACAACAGAAUGUAAACUAGAAGAAAGCUUGGUAGCAGACUGUCAAGAUGAACAAUCACCAGUAAGUGUUGAUACAGAAGUGGCAUUCGACAACCGAGCCAGGGGUCUCACAAUACCUCGAGAGGACCGCACAACUGGAGUGGUGUCAGCUAAACUAUACUGGGACUACUUCAGAAGCGGGGUAUCUUUGUUGGUGAUCUGCGCAGGAAUUUGUUUUUGCUUCAUUACGCAAGGUAAGCCAUCGUCUGCACAAACUGAUGAAAACACGAGGCGUUAUGUUGAUUGUAUAUCCCGUCUGAUUAUAGCAAUCGUGGUCUCUCCUGCUGUGUGGCUCGCAUAUGUAACCAAGAAACAACAGGCAGAUCAAGAUCACUCCACGGACCUUGGCGUCUAUGGCUCUCUUGUAGGCGCGGCUUUCUUACUCACUUUCAUCAAAGCUUAUGCCUUUCUCCUGGCCUCUUUAAGAUGUUCAGAACGUCUCCACGACAAAAUGGUUGUGGCAAUAGUCCAAGCACCACUUCUGUUCUUCGACACAAAUCCUGUUGGAAGAAUUUUGAAUCGUUUCUCCAAAGACGUGGGCUGCAUGGAUGAACUGUUACCGAAGGUGUUUCUAACUUCACUGCAACAUGUUCUGUUUGUGUCGGCAGCAGUUCUUGUUCCCGCCGUAGCGAAUUUCUGGGUGAUAUUAAUUAUUGUACCAUUGACUCUGUUGGGCGUUUACAUCGUAAGACAAUACUUAAAGAGCUCUCGCGAGCUGAAGAGGUUACAGUCCAUAUGCCGGAGUCCCGUCUUCUCUCACAUUUCCGAAACCCUGAAUGGAUUGGAUACCAUUCGAACAAGAGGAAGACAGAACGAUUUUAUCAGUCAACUUUACAGACAUCAAGACAUUCACAGCAAGUCAUUUAUUAUGGUGGUGGCAAGUGCUCGAUGGCUCGGCGUUCGGUUGGAUUUUCUCAGUGAGCUUUUCAUUUGUGCCGUGUCUCUGAUGGCCAUCAUUUUUUCUCAGAAUGCUGCUUUUGCCGGCCUUGCUUUGGUUUACGUCAUUGAGACAGUGGAUUACAUCCAGUACACCGUCAGAAUGUCUUCGAAUGUAGAGAAUUUAAUGACAUCCGUUGAACGGGUUAUAACGUACACCAAGCUUGAUUCCGAGCCCGGAUAUAAGCUUAAACGACUUCCCCCAAAACACUGGCCAAGCAAAGGAAGAAUCGCAUUCCAAGACGUAUCACUGACAUACUAUCCGGGGGGACCUCAAGUACUGAAGAAUAUAAAUCUCGAAAUCAAAGGAGGAGAAAAGAUUGGUGUUGCAGGGCGCACGGGUGCUGGGAAAUCAUCUUUUGUAGCAGCUCUGUUAUGCAUGCCUGACGCUGUUGGUGAUGUAAUCAUUGACGGUGUUCGAUUAAAGGAGAUCAACCUCCAAGAGGCGAGACGAUGUGUAUCUGUUCUUGGCCAAAGUCCUGUUCUUUUUAGUGGAUCACUGAGGAGAAAUCUUGACCUUAUGGAACAGUUUCAGGAUGCAGAUUUGUGGCGGGCAUUAGACGAAGUGCGACUGAAGCAGAUGGUGGAAAAUCUUGAAGGACAACUGGACUACGAGUUGUUGGAACGCGGUACAAAUGUCAGCGUAGGAGAACGGCAAUUAAUCUGUUUGGCUCGCGUGCUCUUACAGCAAAACAAGAUCAUUAUCUUGGAUGAGCCUACUGCGCACGUGGAUCCAGACACGGAACAAACAAUCUGGAACACGGUGCGAGAGAAACUGAGGAACUCAACAGUUAUCACUAUAGCUCAUCGUUUGAACACCAUCAGAGACUGUGACAAGAUCUUUGUUUUCAGGGAGGGGAAGGUAGUUGAGGUUGGCACCUUUAAUGUGCUCCUGAAAAGCGAGGGAAGUGAACUGAGUGGACUUACUCGAGCUUCAGAAAUCGAACAAUGAAGUAAUCGUACCUAACUUUGCUAUUGACAAAAUGAUAAUCAGUCUCAACAAAAGAUGAAAGAUAAAACAGACAAGAAGAUGUUUAGAAAAACAACUGCUACGACGGUAAUAAUAACACAUGCGGAGCACAAAUGAGUUUACAAGUUCCGGCACUAUGUCGUGUGAAAUAUGAAAACACAAACGUGAUAUCAAUCUAUGACUUCUUCAAAUUUCUAAAAGACUAUCAGAAAUAUUUGUCUGCCUUUUAAAAGCGAACGAAACUCUUUAGAAGGGUUCGGCUCACCUUCGGAAUCUUCGGUGGCCUCCGGGGGACCUUCGGAACAACAAGCUUGAUUUAAAGACCGGUCUGUAAUUUACCCCUCCAUGUCAGAGCGGCUUAGCCGAGCGUUUUUCAUUUGAGUGUCGUAAAACCAAGUGCAGAUUGAAACGUAAACCAACACAACACUUGACUAUGAAGUUAUCACGUACACGCGAACGAGAAAAAAACAAGGGCGAUUUCUACUCAACCAAAAAUUUCAGUUUAAUCUCCGAAAAUUUCCAAUGACGGACUGCGAACAGUAUUUCCUAGUUGACUACACCAAAAUUGAAAAUUACUAAACAUUGCGGAUUCAACAGUAUUCGGAUAAAAAAAAAAACAUUCACGAUACAAUUCCCUGAAAACAUCAACUUUCUUUACAAAUGACAUCCGCAUGUCAUAGAAGGUCGUACCACACUCUUCCCAGACAGAGUUAAGUCAUCACAUUUGGAGUUCGUUAAAUUUCAAGUCUGACAGCUCUUUGCAAACGGCUGGCGCACCUGAAAUUUGAAUUGACCAACCAGGAUUCAGCAGGCGGGAAAAACUCUACUGUUAUGACGAAGACUUAAGUCAAUUAAUGUUUACAUGUAAAUCAGUCGGGCAACUUUUCUCACUGAAGACGGCAUUGAAUGUUCGCGAGGAGGAUUUAUAAUGCCAACAACGGUAGCAGAUGGUAGAAGGUAGAAAAUAGAAAUUAUUUUGUUCUCCAAGGUUUUAAGGUCGGUACAGACG